AUGAUCUCUGGACGUGUCUGUCUGUCUGUGUGUGUGUGUGUGUGUGUGUGUGUGUGUGUGUGUGUGUGCAUGUGUGUGAGUGUGUGUGUGUGUGUGUGUGUGUGUGUGUGCAUGUAUGUGAGUGCAUGUCCUUGUGUGUGUCUGCAGCAGGGUAUGAUGGUCUCUUGAUUACGGUAAGGCUGCUUCCUUGUAUUUCUGUUAUUUAUGGCCCUUUUAGUGUGAUAUCGGUUCCUUCCCCAGCCUGGACUAUACAGCAGCCUGGACUAUACAGCAGCCUGGACUAUACAGCAGCCUGGACUAUACAGCAGCCUGGGCCAUACAGCAGCCUGGACUAUACAGCAGCCUGGACUAUACAGCAGCCUGGGCUAUACAGCAGCCUGGACUAUACAGCAGCCUGGACUAUACAGCAGCCUGGACUAUACAGCAGCCUGGGCUAUACAGCAGCCUGGACUAUACAGCAGCUAUACAGCAGCCUGGACUAUACAGCAGCCUGGACUAUACAGCAGCCUGGACUAUACAGCAGCCUGGACUAUACAGCAGCCUGGGCUAUACAGCAGCCUGGACUAUACAGCAGCCUGGGCUACACAACAGCCUGGACUAUACAGCAGCUAUACAGCAUUCUGGACUAUAA